GUGUUUCCUGCUGCGCCGUGCUUCUCUGCAGACCGAUUCACUGCGACUAACGCGGCGAGCAGCCAUUGACUUGCGCAGCGCUUUACGCCUGAUAUUCCGUUUGCUAUAGCUGCAGUCAAACCAAGGCCUGUUGUGGGUUAACUCGUGCAGAGGCGGCGAUUGGAUGUUUGUAUUCCAUCUCACGUGGUGAUUGGUUGAAACGUGCGCCGUGCGGCUUUGUAUAGGACAGCGCUUAUGUCUGUCAGGAGCAGCGCCUCGCGUGCCGCGAGAAUCUCAUUGAUUCUCAUGGGAGCCAAUGAGCUGCUUGUCCCGCCUGCCUCUCCUUACUGAUUGGCUGAGGUGGUGUAAUAACAGCAGUACUUUGUUCCGCCGCUGGGAGUCAUUCGUUGGAUUGGUUGGUGCGAUUGUUGUCCGAAUUUCUAUUGGCUACUUGGCGUUUAAGGGCGUGGUGGAAACAAAGGAAGUGAGGAAGCAGUAUUGGAAGCAUGGAAACCCAACUAAUGAGGAAUGCUGGAAGCAGUUCGGACGGGACAGAAGAUUCAGAUAUCUCUACAGAUAUGGAACACACAGACAGCUCAGAGAGUGACGGCAACUCCCGGGGUCCUGCUCGAGUCACUCGAUCCACUGCAAGACUCAGUCAGAGCUCUCAGGAUUCCAGCCCAGUCGGCAAUCUGCAAUCGUUUGGUGCAGAGGAGCCGGGCUACUCCACUCGGAGGGUGACCCGCAGCCAGCAGCAGCCCACCCCCGUGACUCCGAAAAAGUACCCACUCCGACAGACCCGUUCAUCGGGAUCAGAAACUGAGCAGGCGGUGGACUUUUGUGACAGAGAUGCUAAAAACGCCGGGGAUCACGACGAGUCGCCACCUCGCACUCCAACGGGGAAUGCCCCGUCUUCUGAGUCUGACAUCGACAUUUCCAGCCCCAACGUGUCUCAUGAUGAGAGCGUCGCCAAGGACAUGUCCCUCAAGGAUUCUGGAAGUGACCUCUCCCACAGGCCCAAACGCAGACGCUUUCACGAGAGCUACAACUUCAACAUGAAGUGCCCCACUCCCGGAUGCAACUCAUUGGGCCACCUGACUGGGAAACACGAACGGCACUUCUCCAUCUCGGGGUGCCCUCUGUACCACAACCUGUCUGCAGAUGAAUGCAAGAAUUGUGAUGAAUUUCAGGUAAGAGCACAGAGCCGAGAUAAACAAGAGGACGAGCGGAUGCUCUCACAUAGACAGGAUGAAAAUAACAGGCAUGCCACCAGACACCAGGCUCCGACAGAACGUCAAUUGAGGUACAAAGAAAAGGUCACGGAGCUGAGAAAAAAGCGCAACUCGGGCUUGACUAAGGAGCAGAAAGAGAAGUACAUGGAGCACAGGCAGACCCAUGGGGAUACAAGGGAACCUCUCUUAGAAAACUUGACCAGCGAGUAUGACCUGGAGCUGUUUCGAAGGGCUCAAGCGCGAGCGUCUGAUGACCUGGAGAAGCUGCGACUUCAAGGGCAGAUCACAGAAGGAAGCAACAUGAUUAAAACGAUCCUGUUUGGUCGAUACGAACUAGACACGUGGUAUCACUCUCCUUACCCCGAGGAGUACGCCCGCCUGGGACGACUGUACAUGUGCGAAUUCUGCCUCAAGUACAUGAAGAGCCAGACGAUCCUCCGCAGACACAUGGCUAAAUGUGUUUGGAAGCAUCCUCCAGGGGACGAGAUCUAUCGGAAAGGCUCCAUCUCUGUCUUUGAAGUCGACGGGAAAAAGAAUAAGAUAUACUGCCAGAAUCUGUGCCUUCUUGCAAAACUUUUCCUGGACCAUAAAACACUCUACUACGACGUGGAACCAUUCCUCUUCUACGUCAUGACUGAGGCAGACCACACGGGCUGUCACCUUAUCGGCUACUUUUCCAAGGAGAAGAACUCCUUCCUCAACUACAACGUGUCUUGUAUCCUGACAAUGCCACAGUACAUGAGACAGGGUUAUGGCAAGAUGCUGAUAGACUUCAGUUACCUGCUGUCUAAGGUGGAAGACAAAGUGGGUUCCCCUGAACGCCCGCUCUCUGAUUUGGGUCUCAUCAGCUACCGCAGCUACUGGAAAGAAGUUCUGCUCCGCUACUUGCACAACUUUCAAGGCAAAGAGAUUUCCAUCAAAGAGAUCAGCCAGGAGACGGCAGUGAAUCCAGUGGAUAUAGUCAGCACGUUGCAGGCCCUACAGAUGCUCAAGUACUGGAAGGGGAAGCACUUGGUGUUAAAGAGACAGGAUCUGAUUGACGAAUGGGCUUCUAAGGACGCGAAGAGAUCCAACAGCAAUAAAGCAAUGGACCCCGGCUGUCUAAAAUGGACACCUCCCAAAGGAACUUAAACCCAUUGUUGCUGUGACACGUUCCCCUUGGUUACUAUUCUCCAGUCUGUUACUUCUGCACACUUUCUAUCUAGGGACGGAAGAUCCACAGUCUGACAUUCUCCCGCUUGCUGCAUUAUAAGCCUGUGUGUGUCACGUAGGGGCAUUGUCCUGUCAUUUCCCUGGGAACUUACACCCCCCCCGGCUUAUCAUCUUGGUAAUUUGCUCCACAUUGGAUGCCUUCCACUUCUCCUUAUACUCCAGCAGCACCCCAGUGGGACACACACACACACACACACACACACACACACACACACACACACACACACACACACACACACACACACACACACACACACACACACACACACACACAGACA